GGUGGGCGGGGUCUUGGAUUUAAAAGAUUUUAUUCUAUUCCAGGCAAUAUAAAACAUGAUAAGUGACACCAGUUACCGAUAUCAUUAUUUUGGCAAUUUUAAUAUACCGAUACCGAUACUUUGAGUGACUUCUUUGCCCCCCCACAAAAAAAUAACGGAACCAACCGGCAGUGGAAACGUUUCCGGGGAAACUUUCAAAUCGUUGCGCCGGCCCGCCCACUUUUCUCUACUUCCGGUCCACAUGUUGUUGAACAUACGGCGGUGAUAUAUUCAUAGUUAUUUAUCGGGGGGAAAAUAAUUGUCUUUUUUUAGAAGUUAUAUAGCAUUUUGGCAAAAAUGAAGCUUCUUACGCAUAACAUGUUGACGUCACACGUGAAGGGAGUCACUAAAGGAUACCCGUUGCUUAUCAAGGCCACCGAGGUGAAAGUGAACGAGGUGGAGUUCAACCCCCAGUUUGUCAGCCGGAUGAUCCCAAAGCUGGAGUGGAGCGCUCUGGUGCAAGCUGCAGAUGAGUUGGGACACCGACAAGACCUGCCCGGUGAUCUGGUCUCGGACUUUGAGAACAACGAGGAGUUCCUGAAGAAGGUGCACAGAGUUCUCCUGGAGGUGGAGGUGAUAGAAGGCUGUCUGAAGUGUCCCGAAUCGGGACGAGAGUUCCCCAUCUCCAAAGGAAUCCCCAACAUGCUUCUGAAUGAAGAUGAGGCGUAGGGAAAAGUUUUUUUUUUUUUUCAGUUUUACCACUCGGAAGUAUUUAUUUUUGUAUCCUUGUUUGUUUUUUUUUUGUUUUUUU